CAAAGGAGGAAAAGGAGUCCCACUCCGCUAGCGUUCAACACUCCUCUCUCCACCCACGCGCGGUAUUCGAUUCUUCUCUCCCUCUCCCUCUCCCUCGAUUUCCUCGUUCCUCUUCCCGAUCCAUCUUCUCAUCUUCCAAUUCAACCACCAAUGGCCACCGCUACCGACAACCCUAAUCCCAACCCCACCCCCACCAACCCACCGCAGCAGGACCAAAACCCUAACAAAACCCUAGACCCUGCCCCUGCCACCGCCCAUUCCGACGCAGAUCCUUCCGUUCCACCUCCUUCUGCCGACAACAACAACACCACCGCACCUGAUUCCAAGGAUGCUCCACUGCCGUCCGACGCCGCAAACGAUGCUCCUCUCUCCGAUAUUCAGAAGAAGAUUCGCCGCGCUGAGAGGUUCGGUAUCUCCGUCCAGCUCUCCGAGAAAGAGAAGCGUAAUUCCAGAGCUGAAAGGUUUGGCACUGGGUCCACUACGGUACAGGGAACAGAGUCAUCGAAAUCAGAGGAGCUGAAGAGGAAGGCUAGGGCUGAGAGGUUUGGGAUGCCAAGUCCAGCUUCAUCUGCUGAUGAAGAGGCAAAGAAGAAAGCACGACUCGCCAGGUUUGCCCCGGCUUCCAAGGUUGACCCCGUUGAGGAAGAUAAAAGGAAAGCAAGAGCAGAAAGGUUUUCAAAUCAGUCAUCAGGUUCGCUAACUCAAGUGAAUGGCGAGGGGAAGAUCGAGCCUCAGAAGGCUGCUAUUGCAGGAAAAGCUGGAGGAGGAGCCUGACUGGCAAGCUGCCUCCUUUACCGUAGGAAAUUUUCUUUUUUAGCUUAUAACAGUUUGAGAUUCCCAGUGUCCUCCACACCUCAGAUGCAUCUAUCAUUCAUUUGUGAACUGCUGCCUUCCUCUAAGUCAUGCCAAAGAUUGAACUUGCCUGAAGAAGCUUCCUUUUGUUUCUUGUGUUUGUUUAUUAGGUGACAUCUUUGGGUAAUUAAUGGCCAUCUUCACAGUGUUACUUAUCUUAAAUUCAAUGGACUAAAACUUUGGAAUCUACAGCCUAGAGUUUUUCCUUUUGACAUUGAAGGUUUUGCUGAAAGGAAGGUAUUUCAUACUUAAUGUCAUCUGUAUCCAUUCUACCAAACUUAUCACUGUGCUAGAAGUGUGGACCAAGCUGGUUUUGUUAACUAGCACCUUGCUGAUCCAGAAUCUGCUGACGAAAUGAUAGGGUUUCUUGCAUAGUUUGUCUUUGGAGAGCUAGGAUAGAUCUAGAAAUUGUUCCUUAAAUAUAACAUUGCUUGAAUAAUAUAGGAUGAUCCUUUUAUGCUAAAAAGUAAACUGAUUUCCUUGGGUAUUCUUAGGGGUUGAUGAUAUUAAAUCAUUAAUUGGAGUAAUAUCCGUUAACUUUUACUUCUUUUUAGAUGGUGACAGGUAUAUCUCUCAUUAAAUAAAAUUAGGAAAAGGAAAAAAAGAGAUCAGAAAACAUAUGGUUAGUGAUGACGGUUGCAUUUUGAAAUGCAUAUAUUUGUAUGACAUGCAUAUAUAGUUGUCAUGUUUAGAUGUUAGUAGAGAGUAGUGAGUGAUUGGAGUGAAUGGAUUAUGUUUUUUAUGCUAUUAUAUUUUAUUUAGAGCUAUUUCAUUAAUUUUCUGGAUCAGUAGAAAUGUUGGAAUAUUGCGUUCCUGCUACUAUCUUCUGGCACUCGUGCAAAAAAUGGUAAGUCGACUCUCAAGUUAAAGUUUUAAGUGUGUUUUGAAACCGUUUUAAGGAGGCUUUAACAAGGCUGUAGUUUCCAAUUUUUUAAUCUAUGCAUUUAUCUAGAGAUAAGUAAACCCUUUGAAGAUGGCUUGAUUUUGUGCCAAAACUUAGAAUUGUACAAUCUUAGGGCUGAAUGUGGAGGGAACGCGUCGAUUUUUUUUUUUUUUUCACUUGAUUAUAAUUAUUACCUUGUAAUUUAUAUUUAAGCUUUUUGCUUUGCUAUAGUUGAGUUGCGUUUUUCCUUUUGCUAGCUGUUAAAGUAUAUAUCUGGGGGAAUCGUUAUAUUCUGUUAGUUUCGUAUUGCAAACAAUUUCUUGUACUCUAUUGCAUAUUAUUACUAUGAAAAAAUGGAUAACAUUUCCGCCGAAUCAUUGUGUUGUU